UUUCCCUCUUGCUUUUGCUCUUCACUUUAUAUCUAUACUUUACCCUUUCUUCUUCUUCUUCUUCUUCGUUUCGACCAAAAGCAGCUGUGUCUGUGAGAAGAAGAAGCAAAAACAAAGAAAAUAAGGCCACAACAAUGGAGGACAUCACUCACCCUCCCAUGGAACAGCUCCAAGACCUUGAGUACUGCAUAGACUCAAACCCCUCUUGGGCUGAAACCAUCCUACUAGCUUUUCAGAAUUACAUUCUGAUGCUAGGCACCAAUGUGAUGAUUCCAUCUUUAAUCGUCCCAGCAAUGGGUGGAGACAAUGGAGACAAAGCACGAGUCAUUCAGACUCUUCUUUUUGUAGCUGGCUUAAACACACUUCUCCAAGCACUGUUUGGAACUAGAUUACCAGCAGUAGUUGGAGGCUCCUUUGCCUAUGUUGUUCCUAUAGCUUACAUUGUCGGAGACUCGUCAUUGCAACGGAUUACCGAUUCUCAUGAAAGAUUUUUACAUACAAUGCGUGCCAUCCAAGGAGCUCUCAUUGUUGCCUCAAGCAUACAGAUCAUUCUCGGUUACAGCCAAGUUUGGGGCUUACUCUCACGGUAUGUUCCCGUUCACUUCAAUGAGACAAUUGUGGGGAUUUUGUAUCACUUAUCGAUGUCGUUGAUCAUGUCAUUGCUUUGUUUGUGUAGCUUCUUCAGUCCAUUGGGCAUGGCUCCUGUUGUCGGAUUGGUUGGCCUUGGCUUGUUUCAACGAGGAUUUCCAGUGCUGGGGGAGUGUGUGGAAAUAGGGUUGCCCAUGCUCAUACUUGUCAUUGGAUCAUCACAAUAUCUAAAGCAUGUGAGACUCUUCAGAGAUCUUCCAAUUUUUGAGAGAUUUCCAGUGUUGAUCUGUGUCACAAUUGUUUGGAUCUAUUCUGUGAUCUUAACCGCGAGCGGGGCGUAUCGGCACAAGCCCAUAAAAACCCAGUUAAGCUGCCGAACUGAUAGAGCAAAUCUUAUUACCACUGCCCCAUGGUUCAAGUUUCCAUACCCUUUGCAAUGGGGUCCUCCUACUUUUUCAGCUGGUCAUUCAUUUGCUAUGAUGGCUGCUGUUUUUGUUUCAAUGGUUGAGUCAACCGGUGCAUACAAGGCGGCCGCUCGCUUGGCAAUCGCCACCCCUCCUCCUGCUUAUGUACUGAGCCGAGGCAUUGGCUGGCAGGGGAUUGGCGUCCUGCUGAACGGUCUCUUUGGAACAACCACUGGUGCAACGGUUGCUGUGGAAAAUGUGGGACUUCUUGGGCUUACCCGAGUUGGAAGUCGAAGGGUUGUUCAAAUUUCUGCUGGUUUCAUGAUAUUUUUCUCUACCUUGGGUAAAUUUGGAGCUGUCUUUGCAUCCAUACCAAUCCCCAUCUUUGCUGCACUCUACUGUAUACUCUUCGGCCUUGUUGCUUCGGUCGGAUUAUCAUUUCUCCAGUUCACAAACAUGAAUUCAAUGAGAAACCUCAUCAUCACAGGACUUUCACUGUUUCUCGGAUUAUCCAUCCCCCAGUUUUUCAAUGAAUACUGGAACCCAACCCGCCGUGGACUUGUUCAUUCGAACGCUGGAUGGUUCAAUGCGAUUAUGAACACAAUAUUCUCGUCGCCAGUAACAGUGUCGUUGGCAGUGGCUGUGUUUCUUGACAACACAUUGGAGGUUGAAAAAUCAAAGAAAGAUAGAGGAAUGCCAUGGUGGGUGAAGUUCAGAACGUUCAGAGGAGACAACAGAAAUGAAGAGUUCUAUACUUUACCAUUCAAUCUUAACCGAUUUUUCCCGCCAACUUGAAAUUUGAAUUUCAGUUUAGCCUUCUUCUUCUCCUUUUUCUUCUUUACCCCACUCAGAUUAACAAAACCCUUGGCCUGAUCUCAAUCUUUUGUUUUUGUCUUUCUUUACAUUUUUUGUGGACCAUUUGUAAGUGGGUCCUGGACGAUCGUAGAGAAUUUGAUCCAUGCUUUUGUAGAUGCAAUAAAAAUAUGAGGGAAAUUAGGGUUCUAAAGUCCAAUCCCAUCUUUUUUUUCAACAUC